AUGCUUAUAAGUCUUCCCAGCAUUAGUCCUCUUUACAAAAAUGGUGAUGAAACAGAAUCAGAGAAGAUUGAAAAAGAAAUUCGAGAACUUGUUCUAGUUAUUAUUAAGAAAAGGGAGAAAGUAGCACUGGAAGAAGCAAAAAUAUUUGGUUCAGAUUUGCUUGGAUUACAUUUGAAGGCUAGACAUGAUGCUACUGGAAAAAACAAGAUUUCAGUGGAUGAAAUUUUUGAUGAAUGCAAGACAUUUUAUAGUGCUGGACAAGGGACAACACAGAUUUUGCUUUCAUGGACUAUUCUUCUUUUAGCAAUUCAUGCCGACUGGCAAGAAAAAACUCGUGACGAGGUAUUAAAAGUAUUCAGUCAGCAAAAUCCAAAUUCGGACGGCCUACCAAGACCAAGAACGAUGAACAUGAUCAUUAACGAGUCUCUAAGACUAUAUCCUCCUAUAGUUUUCAAUGAAAGAAAAGCUAAGAAGGGGGCCAGAUUAGGGAACCUUAUUAUUCCGGCCAAUGUAAAAGUCUACGUGCCAAUCUUAGCACUUCACCUGGAUCCCAAAAUAUGGGGUGAAGAUGCACAUCUCUUCAAACCUGAAAGAUUCACAAAAGGGGUAGUUGGAGCUACCAACAAUAAUCUAGCAGUAUUUUUACCAUUUGGCAUGGGACCUCGAACGUGUGUGGGCAUGAAUUUUGCCAUAAAUGAGGCCAAGAUUGCACUUUCUACGAUUUUGCAACGUUAUGCAUUCACCCUUUCGCCUAACAAUAUUCACUCUCCUGUUCAAACUACAACCCUUCGUCCCGAACAUGGUAUUCAGGUGGUGCUGCAUGCUCUCUGA